GAGUUGAUUUGCUUUCGUAGGACGUAGUAUUCGUGUAUUGCGUUUAUUACUUACGUGUAUUGUGGUAUUUCAUUAGUGGUAAUUUUUGUGCCUAUCCUUCAAUUAACUCUGUGAACGGAGCUGUGAUUUUAGUUUCAUUUUGAAUUUUUUACAUUAGUGAUAAGUGUAAAGUGAUUCGCAAAUAUAUUUAAUUGCACUUUAAACAUCGUUGUCGUCGAUGUGCUGAUUUUUAUUGUGAUAAAACUUGAUUGACAAUGGCAGAUAAUUCGAAAUUGACCGACGAAGAGAGGGCAGAAAUUAGGGAGCAAUUCGCCCAGUUGGACACAAGUGGAAAUGGAUUACUCGACUUAAAGGAACUGAAGGAAGCAUUGGACUCAGUUGGAUACAAAAUACCACAAUGGAAGGUGCGUUGUAUGAUAGAAGAAUACUACGACAACGGCUCGAAGCACGGCCGCGGCGUCAACGGGAACGUGAACGGAGACGCGAGGAAAAAUGGCAUGACACUCACGGAGUUUGAGGAGCUAUGCGCUAAUCUUAAGGCACAACAGGUUUCGAGCACAUUCAAGCAAGCAGUCAGUAAAAAGGAGAAUUUGGAGCAUUUGGGCGGCAUGAGCGAGGCGUCUAGUGAUGGCACAACCCACUCAGUGCGACUCGAGGAACAAAUGGCCUUCUCUGGCUGGAUUAAUAGUAAUCUCGAACACGAUCCGGACCUCAAGCAUCUGCUGCCGAUCGACCCUGAGGGCAAGCAACUAUACGAGAAGCUUAAGGAUGGAUUAAUUUUGUGCAAAGUAAUAAACCACUCGUGCCCGGACACGAUCGACGAGCGUGCUAUAAACAAGAAGAAUCUGACGCUAUACACCAAGCACGAGAACCUCACGCUGGCGCUAGUGUCCUCACAGGCUAUUGGAUGCAAUAUCGUUAAUAUCGAUGCCCACGAUCUAGCCAAAGGCAAACCCCACUUGGUGCUUGGUCUCUUGUGGCAGAUUAUCCGAAUCGGUCUGUUCAAUCAGAUCACGCUCGAACACUGUCCCGGGCUCACAGAACUGCUCAAUGAUCAGGAACGCAUCGAAGACCUGCUGGCCCUGUCUCCAGAAGCGAUCCUCCUGCGCUGGGUGAACCACCAGCUGCAGUGUGCCGGCAUCACUCGCCGCUGCACCAACUUCCAGCAGGACGUGGCCGACUCCGAGAUCUACUCGUACCUGCUGAAGCAGAUCGCGCCUGACGAUGCUGGAGUUACUUUAGAUGCUCUACGGGAAACUGACCUCCUCCGUCGUGCAGAAGUGAUGCUCCAACAAGCGGCCAAGCUCCGUUGCCGCGCGUUCGUAGCACCCGCGGACGUUGUGAACGGAGUGUACAAGCUUAACUUGGCGUUUGUGGCCAAUCUGUUCAAUCAGCACCCUGGCUUGCAGAGGAAUGACACAGAUUCCGAUGCGUAUCAUCAGCUGGAUGAGACUAGGGAAGAGAAAACAUACCGCAACUGGAUGAACUCCAUGGGCGUUGCGCCUCACGUGAACUGGCUGUACUCGGACCUCACUGACGGCCUUGUUAUCUUCCAACUAUACGAUAUUAUUAAACCCGGCAUUGUUAAUUGGAAGAAGGUGCACCGUCAGUUCUCGAAGCUGCGCAAGUUCAUGGAGCGGCUGGAGAACUGCAACUACGCGGUGGAGCUCGGGCGCGCGCUCGGCUUCUCGCUCGUCGGCAUCGCCGGCGCCGACAUCAACGAGGGGAACGCCACGCUCACGCUCGCUCUAAUCUGGCAACUAAUGCGAGCAUACACGCUCUCUGUGCUCACCCGACUCGCGAACACGGGCAACCCCAUCAUUGAGAAGGAGAUUGUACAAUGGGUUAAUAAUAAACUGCAAUCUGCUGGCAAAACGUCGAGUAUUAAGAGCUUCCAGGACGAGGUAUUAGCGGACGGCAAAGUGGUGAUCGACUUGAUCGACGCGAUAAAGCCCGGCUCCAUCAACUACGACCUGGUGUUGCCAGGAGGCAAUGAAGAGGAGAAGCUAGCGAACGCGAAAUACGCAAUAUCAAUGGCCCGUCGUUGUGGCGCACGUGUUUACGCACUACCCGAGGAUAUAACCGAACGCAAACCGAAGAUGAUCAUGACCGUGUUCGCCUGUCUCAUGGCGCUCGACUACAUACCCAGCGCGCAGCCCGCGCAGCCCGAACCAACAUUAGCUGUGCCUCUAUCAGAAGAAGUUGAAGGUCUGAACGACUCUGUGGAUAGUACGGUAGAAAUAAUAGACCAAGCUGAGGAAUUUAACGACUCUGGUCUCGGCCCACAAACACCGGAGAAACCAGAGCUGCCUCCGAAACCUGAUAACCUAAUACCUCGUUCACUUUCCGUGAAUUCAGAGAAAGAAGAAUAAUGGAGAUUCUUGUGUGAUAGAUUAUUGUAAUACAUAAGUCAUUUGGAUGUUAUCAAGGUGACUACAGUAUUUUGUAAGGGAAAUUUUACAGCAACAUAUUGUGUUAGUCAAUCAAAUUGUUAAAUUAAGUUUGAGUUAAUUUUAAGCGAAAAGUGUUAACACAGAGAUGUUAGAUUUUACGAAUUCUUUCUUUUUAUAUUCUGUGUAUGCAUCUAUUUACUAAUUUUAUUCAGUCAUAAUAUGACACCGUGUUUGAAGAUGUGGAUAUUUUUGUAAUAAUUUAUUGCAUUUUAUUGAUUUUAACCCUUGUUAAACCAAAUGUGGCCAUUUAUUUUAUAUAUUCAUCUUAAUGUUUUAAAAUUCAAUAAAAUACCAGAGUAUUUCUGAAGUAAAUUAUGCAGACUGUAUUGUUGUAAGUGUUUUUAUAUUUUAAUAAAAUAUUUUUUACGACUAA